CUAGACAAACAUAGCUAGCUGCCUGGUGCUACUUUAAUUUUACUGAGAGUGCGCGGUGCUGUGCUUAGAUUCAAUUCGCUGGCAGUACGUAGAGCGUGUAGAGAUAGAAUGAGAAUGGGAGGAGGCAGUAGCGCGGCGGCGGCAUUGGUGGUGAUGGUGUUGUGGGCGGCGGUGCCGGUGGUGGUGGUGCAGGCAGCGUCAUCGCCGGCGCUGAUCGUGUUUGGGGACUCGAUCGUGGACCCGGGGAACAACAACGGCAUCAACACCAUCAUCAAGGCCAACUUCCCUCCCUACGGCCAUGACUUCCACAACCACACCCCCACCGGCAGAUUCUGCAACGGACGCAUACCAACCGACUUCAUCGCUUCCCGUCUUGGUCUGAAGGAGCUUCUCCCGCCGUACCUGUCGCCGGAGCUGUCGACUGAGGAGCUCCUCACCGGCGUCAGCUUCGCGUCGGGGGGCACCGGCUUCGACCCGCUGACGCCUCGCCUGGCCUCCGUCAUCUCCAUGCCCGACCAGCUGCUGCUGUUCCAGCAGUACAAGGAGCGGGUGCGCGGCGCCGCCGGGGACGCGCGGGUGGCGGACAUGAUGACCAGGGGCAUCUUCGCCAUCUGCGCCGGCAGCGACGACGUGGCCAACACCUACUUCACCAUGCGGGCGAGGCCCGGCUACGACCACGCCUCGUACGCGGCGCUGCUGGUGCACCACGCGGCGGCGUUCGUGGACGAGCUGGUGAAGGCCGGGGCGAGGAAGGUGGCCAUCAUCGGGAUGCCGCCCAUCGGGUGCGUGCCGUCGCAGAGGACCAUGUCGGGGGGCAUGGAGAGGCGCUGCUCGGAGGGGCACAACCAGAUCGCGGUGGCGUACAACGCCGGGAUGAAGAGGAGGAUGGAGGAGAUGCAGGCCAAGAAGAAGAGCACCAAGACCAAGCUUGUUUUCAUGGACAUCUACGGCUUCCUGAUGGACAUGAUGAUGCGUCCACGGGCGUACGGCUUCAGCGACUCCACCAUGGGUUGCUGCGGCACUGGCCUCCUGGAGGUUUCCGUCCUCUGCAACGCCCUCACCUCCUCCGUCUGCACCCCCGUCUCCGACUAUCUCUUCUGGGACAGCUACCACCCCACCGAGAAAGCUUACAGCAUCCUCACCGACUUCGUCUACGAUAAUUACGUCAAGAAACUCCUCCUCGACUAACUAUAUAUCUCUGUCCAUCAUUAUUAUAUUAUAUAUAUCUAGCUUUUGCUUUAAUUUGCUCCCUCUUUUUUGUUUCAACUUUUAUUGGAUUAUAUAAUAUAAUAGUAUUGCUUGCUCUUCUUCAGCUAA